AAAUAUUUUCUUCUAGCUAGUUCUUAUUAACAGCUCUGCCUUUGCCCUUUCGAGUAUUCGAAGCCACGCUAGUCCCCGUGUUACCUGAUGCUUGACUUACCGUCUCCCGGUUGUCAGAUGUUCCUGACGGGCCAACCGACCCUGAUCGAGCUGGUCACCUAAGUAGCCUUGGAAAGCAGCUCGGCAGACGAUUUGAGCGGACUGGGUCGAUGGAGGAUCUCAACCGUGCUGUUGAUGUCGCCGACAUGGCAGUCAAAGCUACUCCGCAGGACCCACCCUAAUCGAGCUAUUUACUUAAAUAGCCUCAGAAAGCUGCUCGGGAGACGAUUUAUGCGGACUGGGUCAAUGGGUGAUCUCAACCGUGCCCUCUCAUAUUUCAAGAAAAGCUGGGCUUGCUCCAGUUCCGCUCCAUCUAUACGUAUUUCCUCGGCUCAGUUCGCAGCCAUUAUUCUUACCACCCAGUUGAAUUGGGAAGACUCAAGUGUGUUACUUCAGGGUGCUGUGGAACUUCUUCCGUUUGUGAGCGUCCGCUCACUUGAACAUACUGACAAGCAACAUAUGCUCGCACAAUUCACGGGUCUGGCCUCUGCAGCUGCCGCCGCUGCUCUGAAAGCUGGGGAAUCUGCCUCCCAAGCUUUACGGCUUCUCGAGUUGGGUCGCGACAUCAUCGCUGGCCUGCUGAUGGAGAUGCGUGGAGAUAUCACGGACUUAAAAGAGCAGUACCCUCAUCUCGCAGACGAAUUUAUACAUCUUCGUGAAGAGCUCGACUCGCCAAGGUUUGAAGAGCUAAUCAAAGAGAUUCGUACUCAACCCAAAUUCUGUAACUUUCUACUUCCACCUAGUGCAGAGGAGAUGAUGGCGGCUGCUAAGCCAGAUCCGAUUAUCGUCAUCAAUAUGAGCGCUCAUCGCUCGGAACCUUUACACAUAUCCAAACUGCUAGAAUGGCUGUGGAACGUUGUCUCUCGCCCGAGCCUAGAGGCACUGGGCUUCGCAAAUGCCCCAAAGGACGAUUUUCCCCGAGUCUGGUGGAUUCCUACUGGGCCCCUCAGCCAUCUGCCACUCCAUGCUGCGGGACGCCACAUGGACGGGUCAUCUGAGACAGUGCUUGACAGGACUAUGUCGUCGUAUGCCUCGUCCAUCAAGGCAUUAAUAUAUGGUCACCGACGCCACCGCUCGAUACAAUCUCAAAGCGACCAUGCCGUCUUGGUCGCCAUGCAGGAAACACCGGGCCUGGCUGCCAGCCAAACGCUUCCAUAUGCAGCAGUUGAAGUCGAGAAUCUGAAAAAGUUCUGCCCAGAGCUUGGACUGAAGCCAAUCUCACCAAGCCUGUGUAAGGCCGAUGUUCUGGACUGCCUGCGGCAGUGUCAGAUAUUCCACUUUGCCGGCCACGGGCUUUCACAUCCCACAGAGCCUUCACGAAGCUGUCUGCUUUUGGAGGAUUGGGAAAGCAAGCCGUUGAGAGUCGGAGAUCUUCGUGACCUUAAUCUCCAGAAGAAUCCUCCGUUUCUUGCCUAUCUCUCGCCUUGUUCGACAGGGGCGAAUGAGGUGUACACACUUGUUGAUGAGGGAAUUCAUCUCGUGAGCGUAUUCUAGCUUGCAGGUUUCCGCUACGUCGUUGGAACACUCUGGGAAGUGUCAGACAUCACUGCGUCGGUGCGGCAGAAUAUCUGUAUGAGGCGAUCCACGUUGAAGGGAUGACAGAGAGCACAGUAUGUCGAGGACUCCACCAAGCCAUUCGAAAGCUGCGAGACGACGGGAUCACAAGAGGAGAAAAAGCAAGAGAUGCCAAACUACCAGAUAUGAAAGUACUGGGAAACUUCUUAUGGGUUCCUUAUAUCCAUUUCGGUGUUUGAAGAUCGAGUAUAUACUACAA